CUGACUUUUGUAAUAGGGCGAGUUUUCUCAGCCUCGCAGGGAAAGUAGCAACGAAAGAAAGACGAAGAAGAAGAAGAAAGAAAAAAAGAAAAGGAGCCCUGGUUCGACUUACAGCUCGUCACCCACCAGCAGAGUCAGCUGUUUCCGACCCGCCUCACAAUGCUCGUCUUUGUUGGUUCCACGUGAGAGGGGCCUUGUCCGGUUUCCUGCAGAAACGCGCGGCCCGAUGCUCAAGAGGCAAACUGGCAGCGGUGGUGGCCGGGUCGGACAUGAUGCCGGGACAGAUCCCUGACCCCUCGCUGGCGGCGGGCUCCCUGCCCUGCCUGGGCCCGCUGGCGGGCAUCUCGGCCACCACGCUCACCGACCAGCUCAAGCUGGCCGACUUCCGCCAGCUGGGGACCAUGCUGUCGCCGCUGCACUUCCUGGGGAGGCUCGGGAAGAGGCCGCUGGCCAUCAAGGCCGAGAUGGACGAGGAUGACGACAGGAGGAAACGCAGACGAGAGAAAAACAAGGUUGCUGCAGCACGAUGCCGAAACAAAAAGAAGGAACGGACCGACUUCCUUCAAAGGGAAUCGGAGCGCCUGGAGAUGGUCAACUGCGACCUGAAGGCCCAGAUCGAGGAGCUGCGUCUGGAGAGGCAGCAGCUGAUGGUGAUGCUCAACCUCCACCGGCCCACGUGCAUCGUGCGUACCGACAGCGUCAAAACCCCCGAGAGCGAGGACAACCCCCUGCUGGAGCAGCUGGCCGCCGACGCCGAGUGAAACCAGGAAAAAAAGAGAGAAGAACCGCCCCCCCCCCCCCCCCGAUGCCCCGAAACGGCCGGCCUUUUGGAACAAAAAACGUAACUGGCGGCACGUUUGAAAUAAAUAAAAAAACAUCACACACACACAGAAGCGCCGGAGCGCCGAGCCGAAGACUUUUUGGGACGCUGCAGGGCGGAAAGGUCGUGGGUCGUCCGUGGCGCUGCUACAUGAGCUGGCUCUGUCCCGUCUGGCUAAGACUGGGGAAAAGGGAGGGGGGGGGGAGGGGACAACACACAUGAAGUGUGCCCGCUGUGCCUAGUCGUCGCUUCACCCGCCUCUACACGAAAGGGACCAAUGGGAACGGCGUACGAGAGGAAGCGAUGCCGAGGGAAGCGCACUGAUAUCAACGCGGUGCUCUGUUACAAAAAGCCCCGAGAACUGCGCGGCGUUUUUAUUUUCGACGCAGAGGCUUUGCGUUCUGCAAACCUAAUUUUUUUUUUUUUUCUCUCUCUCUUCGUAUGCUAGCCGAACAUAUACAGGUGUAGAGUUUUUAGGAUACAACACUCAAUGAAAGUGCACCAGGCCGAGGUUCUUCUUUUCGUUCUUGUAAUGUUGAUUUCUAUACUCUGCCCCGACGAUGGCAGUAACCGGUUGAUCCGAUUUGUGGUGACGCUGGCGUCAUGAAAAGCACAUAUACACAAAAUGUUUACACCCGUGUUUUUUGGACUUUGUUGUCUGUCCAUUAUUGUACUGUUUUAUACUGCUUUGUAUACAUAAACAUAUAUGAAAUGCU